AUGUAUGUGAGUGAUCUGCAGGGUUUGUACCAAUGUAUUGCGAGCAACGAUGUUGGUGAACGGAGCAUUUUCAUUGGUUUAAUUGUUGAAGCUGAAAUUGAUGCAGCAAUAACGGACCUAGAAGUGAACGCCGACCACGAGAAUGCACAGUUUGAUCUGAAAUGGCACCUACCACAGCGAAUGAAUUAUAUGGAUGCGCAGCGCUCCGUUUUUUUGCUGAACUAUUAUUUAUCGGAUGGUUAG